ACAGAUUGCUUUAUUACUUUUCUUUCUUUGUCGGACGAUGGCCAGAAGUACUAAAGGAAAAGACGUUGCAGAAGUGUGUACAUUAAAUGAUCAACAAUACCCAAUAGGAGCCACUUGGCACCCCGUACUGGCACCCUUUGGAACCAUGCCCUGCGCUAACUGUACCUGUUUACCGAAAGCAAUUGUCCAUUGCGUCCAUUUGACAUUGGACUGCCCUCAACCGAAGUGUGUUGCUCCUAAAAUAUUACCAAACCGUUGCUGUCCUGAAUGUGAAGUGCGGUCGGAGGGGGAGACGGAAUCAAACAAGAAGAUAGGAUGUACGUUUUCUGGCCGAAACUAUGAACAUGGUGAUAUCUUUGCUUCCAACAAGACUGCACUGAAACCAACCAGAGAGAAUCAAUGUGUGAUGUGCAUCUGUUCAAAUGGAAGAAUCUUGUGUCAUUUGAAGACCUGCGAAGCAAUCAAAUGUAAGAAGACGCUAAACCUUAGUGAUGAAUGUUGUCCAAUUUGUCCAGAUGACCAAGAAGAGGUUGUUGAUUCAAGUGCUUAUCCAUUCAGGCCACAUUCACCAGAAUCAGAUGGCAAAAAGAAUAAUGGGAAUAAUGCAUCACUUUCUCAAAAUAAUUUGUUAAAUUCUUCUGAAUCUGAUUAUGCAAAUAGUUGCACAGAUGGAGCACACAAAAAUGGCAGCACCUGGCAUCCAGUUCUUACUCCUUUUGGACCACAUCCUUGCAUUCUUUGUUCUUGUAUAAAUGGACAGACUCAGUGCAGUAAAAUUGAUUGUCCUAAAGUUUCAUGUUCAAGACCCAGAAAAGUUGAUGGCAAAUGUUGCCCUGUCUGUAAAAAAAGAAAAUGCAAAGGUAGAAAAUGCCGAAAAAGAAAUCGAAUUAAUACAACUCCUUCUACUGGAUUACCACAUAGACCUGGUUCUACCACAACAGACCCUACUCAGAUUUUCCACAAUCUAUGUAUGCCCAAAGGUACAGAUCGCCUAGUGUAUAUGUCAAAUGGAACUGAUUCUCUCAUGCUUGCUUUCCACCAUAUCAAAAAGUCAAAAGUAGAUGUACUGCGAUGGGAUAUACCUAAAAAGGGUCGACUUGUUCAUUUCAAAAAAGAAACAAUGAAUGCAGAAGAUUUUCGUUCAAGAACAAAAUCUACAAAUAUUUUAGGUGCUACAAACAAAAAACGCUAUGUAAAUCGGUUCUCAAGGAAACUUAAAAAGCAAAUUAACCGAUGCAAGAAAACAUGCCGGCAAAAGCGCGUGAUGCGAUUAUUAAAACAGCUGAAACUGAAGAAAGUACGUUUCACAGAAAUCUGCAAAAAUUGACAAACACAUAAAAUGAGCUGACAUCAACCAAAAAAGCUUUGCAAUCAAACUUUGCCUCAUAGCAUGUAUGUUUCAGUGUAGGUGUGCAAAAUGCAUGUAUUAGUUUGAAGCUGUCUUUUCCACGUAUA